UGUUCUGUAACAGGUGGCAACAUUGGCAAAUUGUUUAAAUUCCAAUUUGACCAAAAUCCCCGCUUAGCCGUUUAAAAACAGCGCCAAUAUGAACAAAGUCAAUUAAAGUGCAGACAAUAAACCCUAGACCAAAGGCUAAGUAUGCUACACGAAGGAAAUAAUGAUUUUGUGGUCCUCACAGAAGUGGUACGCCAGCAGUAUGUACGCUACUUGGAGCGCCAGCUGCAGGAGAACGUCUGCGCCUGGGCCAACAAAUCCCGGAAUCGCCACAAGCCCACGGCUUGGGCCUGCAUUCCCGCGAGCUUGGAGCAACUGGAGGACAAGGCGAAGAAGGCCUGCAUGGCUGCUCAGAUCUACCAGAGAGCCAUGGUCAAGACGAUUGCCGCGGUGCGGAGGAACACCCAGGAGUGCCGCCUGGCCAAUACACUUUUCGACCAAAUGCAGCUUUCAGCUGAAGAGGAUGUGGUACCCAUCAAAGCAGGGUGCCUCCUGGUGGAUAAGGCCACACAAACAACUGUCAUAGAAGUCCAAAAUGGUCACGGCUCUCCUGCAGGGGAGGAAAAUGAUGGUAGCUAUGAACUACGGCGGAAAAUCGAUAUGUUUCAGGCUAGCCUCGAAGAGGCGGAAGUUCAGAAGGAGUCGCUCUGUCGACGAUGCCGGAGAAAAAACCAAACUCCUGAGCAUAAGCCACAGGUUAAUCAAGAAUCCCCCUUCUCCGCAACCGAAGAUGCCGUGGCCCAGGAGCUGGCCAUGUUGUUCGGCGAUGAGCCCACCGAUUUAAACUACAUCUUUGGUAUCGAGCCCACGGCUGUGAACGACGAUCCGCAAAUCUCGGCCAUUCUGGAGGAAAUUGAAAAUGCCGAACUGCCUGAAAAGAUUGAAGACCCGCCCACACCCCCAACCGUAAGAUCGGCAAGCGCACAUCACAGCGAAGUGGACCUUCGUCAGAGUCGUUGGCCCUGCGAGCUCUAUGCGCAAAGAAGGCGACUCAAUGCCUGUUUGGUUCGCUUGCUGGAGGCGGAUUGGCGUUGCGAGGAUCGCCUCAGGUACAAGUUCCGUCUGUUAUUUAGCGAGGAUAGCGAGGACGAGUUCGCCACUCAAAUAUCAAGUCCAUCGAUCGAUUUGGUGGACGAGGUGCUGCUGGCCAGCUGCGUGCUUCGCAUUCGACCGUGGAUUGUGCGUUAUUUGAUGAGUCCUUUAGAGGAGGGUCUUAUCGCCAAUCGAUUUCUGUUCAAGAAACUGGCAAAGAUGCUUGCCCACUCCAUUGUCAUGGUCAAUCCUUAUUGCUCGGAGCAGCAGAUCAAGAAAGCUGUGGAGCAAUUGUUCUGCCUUAGACCAAGGGGAGUCCAAAGUGCGUAUGACCUGGACAGUCUGCCAGCCUUGGAUGUCUCAAAAUUUCAGCUCUUAGGCGGUUUAACGGAUUAGUAUUUAAGUUUCCAGUAAUUUAGUCAAGCUAACUAUCUCAGGAGGAGUAUGUAGUUUAUAGAGGAACCGGAGCAAUUCCACUAGAAAAUACGCAAUCUAAGUCUUUGAAUCGAAUAUUAAUUUGAAACACAUAUCGCGAAAAAUUGCUUUAAUGAAUUGUAUAAUUUUAAAACUUAAGCUUCCAUAUCCUUACGCUGAGAAUUGUGUAUCGAAUAAAGCCAAAGCACAGUCGACGGACAAAAUUGUGGUUUCUUUAAAUUAUAAUUAAUUCAAUGAUUACAAUAAUUUUUUUGCUGCACAUCUUCUCUUCUUUUUAUAAUUAUAUAAAUUUUAAUAUAUUUAAUAAACGAUACAUAAUAUAGUUUUCCUUUUGACGAAAUUGCUGCGGCGGAUGCGUCAGCAACUGCCUAAGACGAAUCGGAUUUCAUCCAGAGCAGCAGCUACCCCCCACUCCGGUUGUUACUUCAACGGCUGUGUUGGUUUGUAGUUCAAUCUGCUGUUGCUUCGGACUCCGUUGCUGAUUCCUUUGCUGUUGCGGUGUUUAGUGGUGGUGAUAGAUUUUUGUUGCUGCUGCAGCUACAUUGGGUGUGGUUGUUGUUACUCUUGUUGUUGUUGAUGCAAUUCGUGGUGAUCUUCAUCAGAGGCACUACCUAGUGUCGGGAAUUUGAUUUGUGUUUGCCGCCGCCGCCGCUGCAUUAGCGCU